AUGGAAGCACCAUCACCAUCACAUGCUCCGUGUUUCGGUCCAAUGUCCCGAUACCAAAAGCUGAAGCUGGGCCGCGUGGUAGCCGUCGCCGUCGCCAUAUACAUCCUGGGCCUGGUAUACUUCAUGCGAGACCGGCUUCCCACGCUGCCGCCGCCGCCGCCCGAGUCCUCGGAUCUGCCCUCUUCGCACAAGGUGGCCAAAGUUUCCAUGCUGUACGGGCACCCGAAUAGCCUGUAUGAGAGGGCCAUACAAAGCCACGAGCGGCACGCAGCGCGAUGGGGAUAUCCGAUGCUCGUCUUGCGGCAGGACAUUGCCGUUGGCUUCUGGAAUAAACCCACCUACCUGCUCGCCGCCGUCGUCAAUGAACUUGCAAAACCAGUCGGCGAGAGGACAGAAUGGAUGAUGUGGGUGGACGCAGACUCCAUCAUUAUCAACCCGGCAAUCCCUGCCGAAAUCUUCCUCCCGCCCCCGGACAUGGCCGACAUCCACGUCGUGGCAUCGCGGGACCACAACGGCCUCAACACGGGCAUCAUCUUCCUGCGCGUUCACCCCUGGACCGUCACCAUGCUCACCGAAACCAUCGGCUACCCGCUGCACCACCCAGAAGCCGAUCUCGGCCGAAACGCCGACCAGGACGUCAUGGCCGGCAUUUUCAACAAGUCGGCCGGCGGGCCGGACGGCAAGGGGUACGCAGACGCAGUCGUUUACAUGCCGAGGCCGCUCAUCAACGCCUACGAGUUCUCCCACGGCUUCGAGGGCGACAAGGGGAGCCUGCUGGUGCAUUUCCCGGGGCUGGAGGACGUCCGCUGGUCGCGCAUGGCCCAAUGGCUCGACACGGUCGAGAAGACGCCCCUCGAAUGGGAGCUUCCCCUGGAGCAGACGGGGUACGUGAACCAGACGAAUGUCUUUUGGAGCCAGGUCAGGGGCGCAAGGACAGCCAUUUCCAGCACCGAGAGACGCCUGCCGUCUCUGGACAAUGCGGCCGAGGGCAAGGCUGGGCACGUCGACGAUUUGAAGCGUGCAUUGGGCUUGUUGAAGGCGGCGCUGCGCGACGAGGCAGAUGAUUUGGAGCUGAUGCGGCAGAGGCUGGACGAGAUACAUAGAUUGCACAAGCUCAUUGGGUGGCAAACGGACUAG